UGGGCAAACGUACAAAAUCAGCAGGGGAUCAAAAACUUUUUUACCCCACUGUACGAACACCUGUUCUCGCCAUUUUCAGUUGAAUUCAUCUAACUUUCUUUCAUGGCAACUCAUAAGCAGGCCAUGUCCUAUGUGUUUCAUAGUCGAUAUAUAAUCAUAUUUCAUGACAGUGUAACGGUUAGCUUUUCUUACAUAAGGAUGAAAGAACACAAUUUGUCUGUCAGGGAAUGCUAUUCUGAUAUGUCAGAUGAAGAGUUAGACCAGAAAGUCAGCGCCAUUAAGGCAAGGACACCCCAUGCGGGCUUUAGAAUGGUCAAAGGAAGUCUCCAAGCAACGGGCCAUCAUGUACAAUGGCGAAGAGGUAGAGAGUCUUUGCAGCGUGUAGAUCAGUGGUUCUUAACCUGGGUUCGAUCGAACCCCAGGGGUUCGGUGAGUCAGUCUCAGGGGUUCGGCGGAGGUCAAGACACACACCCGACUCAUAUGAUUCGUGAUGACAUGCCCCGCUUGGCCAUCAUUGGCUGCAGGUCAUCACGCAACAUCGCUUGGCCUAUCUGUGCUGCAGGGAAUUUGGCGCGCUCAGUAGUCGAAUUGUGACUGUCGUGAUGGUACGUCGUGUGAUUUCUUUCUUAAUAUUUUAAUCCCUUCAUACUAACUAUGUCGAGCAAAAAAAGAAAGUGGUCGGACAAAUAUGUACAAUAUGGAUUCACAUGUAUAACGGAACGUGAUGAGAGUCAGCGUCCUAACUGCAUGAUUUGCAAUGCCAAGUUGAGCAAUUCUAGUCUAGCACCGGCAAAACUAAGAGAACACUUCCUUAAGCUGCAUGGAGAUGGACAAUACAAGAACACAACGCUCGCUGAAUUCAAGGUGAAGAGAGCCAGAUUCGAUGAAAAGGCUACUCUGCCUGUUUGUACCCAUCAACAAACCGAUCCUCACAGCAUCGUACGAAGUUGCUUACCUGAUCGCAAAGCAGGGCAAACCACACACCAUUGGUGAAACACUCAUAAAACCAGCUGUGUUGAAGAUGGCGAAUAUCAUGCUGGGAUAAGCGGCUGAAGUUAAGUUAUCCCAAAUUCCUCUUUCAAAUGACACCAUUAGCGACAGAAUAGAGGACAUGAGCAAAGACAUCUUGGCUCAAGUAGUUGCAGAUCUGAUUUCAAGCCCGGCAAAAUUCAGCCUUCAACUCGACGAGACCACAGACGUUUCCAAUCUAAGCCAGCUUGCUGUAUUUGUGCGCUAUGUGAAAGACGACGUGAUAAAGGAAGAUUUUUUAUUUUGUAAGCCUCUUACGACAACAACUAAGGCAGCCGAUGUGAAGAAACUUGUGGAUGACUUCUUCAAAGACAACAAUCUUUCGUGGGAUAUGGUUUCUGCAGUUUGUUCGGACGGAGCUCCAGUCAUGCUGGGAAGAAAGUCUGGUUUUGGUGCGCUAGUGAAAGCCGAUGCACCACACAUCAUUGUUACGCAUUGUAUUCUGCACAGGCAUGCGUUGGCAACAAAAACCUUGCCUCCAAAACUGGCAGAACUAUUAAAAAUUGUGGUGGAAUGCGUGAACUAUGUGCGAAAUAGUGCUCUGAGGCACCGCAUCUUCAGUGAGCUGUGUAAAGAAAUGGGCUCUGAAUUCGAGGUACUUCUGUACCAUUCUAACGUUCGGUGGUUAUCCCGGGGACAGGUGCUGAAUCGUGUUUUUGCCGUGCGUGUGGAAUUAGCCCUGUUUUUGCAAGAGCACCAACAUCGUCAUGCAGAUUGCUUAAAAAAUUCUGAGUUCAUUCUCAUUUUAGCGUACAUGGCUGAUAUCUUCGCAGCUCUCAAUCAUCUCAAUCAACAGAUGCAGGGCGGUGGAGUCAACAUCAUCGAAGCGGAAGAAAACCUGAAGGCUUUUCAAAAAAAGCUACCGUUAUGGAAACGACGAACAGAGAACGAUAACUUCGCAAACUUUCCCCUGCUGGACGACUGUGUAAGUAAGAUCGAAGAUGUAUCUGGAAUCGGAGACAUUUCUGUACCCGCGGAACUGAAGCAAGCAAUUGCCACGCACUUAGAUGAGCUUGCAAAGUCUCUCGACGGAUACUUCCCUACAAGAGAGUCAUAUCCAGCAUGGGUGAGACAGCCGUUCACGUUUAGUGUUGAGACAACAGAUGUCAAUGAUGAAUACCUCGAUGAAAUCAUUGAAAUUCAGCAGAGCCAGGUACAACAGCAACUCUUCAGAACAACAACGCUCUCAACGUUUUGGUGUCAACAAAUGGUAACGUACCCUGUUAUUGCUAAGAAAGCUCUGGAGAUUUUCAUACCGUUUGUUACAACAUAUCUUUGCGAGCAAUCCUUUUCGAGGAUGCUGGACAUAAAAACGAAGAAAAGGAACAGACUUUGUUGCGAAAAUGACAUGAGAGUGGCACUUGCCAAGGUGAAGCCGCGCAUUUCUGAACUGGUCUCUGAAAGGCAACAGCAGAAGUCACACUGAUUUGCAGUAAAUAUUCAUUAUUAUGUUUUUGUUUUUGUGUGAAAAUCAUGUUUUAAUGGUUUUGUUCUUUGAACACCGAUGUUGAUGCACGGUUCAUUUUGUGCACCAGUAAAAUAUAUACCUAUGUUUUGAAUUUUAUUUUUCCAAUUAAGAAGGGUUCGGUGAAUGCGCAUAUGAAACUGGUGGGGGUCAGUACCUCCAACAAGGUUAAGAACCACUGGUGUAGAUGGUGCAGGUAUCAUUGCCAGAAUGAUCCAGCUUCGUUGCAUUGCUCGGCAAAAAUACUCAGUUCCUGCUCCCCUGUCUCUCGUCCACAUCGAUACAAAUCAUAAAUUGAUAAGGUACUAAGAUGUUUAAUGUCUCCAUCAAAUUCGUAGACUAAUUUUCAAUGAUGUAUGAAAUUGGAGUUGUUCUUCAUCAACUGGUAAUGCAUAAAUAAUGAAGCAGGUUAAUAGGUUAAACAUUUCACUUUUCAUUCCAAUGCUUUUUUCCAAGAUACAACAUUGUCAUCGAUGGAUUUUCAAGGAAGAGUGCGAGCUGAUCAAGGGGUCGAAAAUGUAGAUAUUGUCAGAUGUUCACUGUCCGAGGAACAGGCCGUGGAAGCUUUAUUGCUGGCAAAAGUGUCAAUAACCAGAGGUAAUUAAACUGUUGUGUUCUUUUUCUCUCUUCCUCUCUGUCUGUCUUGUUGUACAUGGAACCUGUCUCACAUGCACAGUUUGGAGGAAGAAGGAUACAUUGACCUGUCGGAUUCUAUCCACCUCUUCUGUGUGGGAUAUGUGGCCCUACCUCGUCUGUGGGCAGAUCUGCAGCAUUUCACAGAGAGUUGGAAUAAUCACCCUUUAAGUACAGAGGCGAACCUGACACCUCACCAACUGUGACAUAUCGGAAUGCUCCAAACACCUAGGCACAUCUUUGUUUUUGCCUUAUGUCUAAUAAUGUUAUUAUCUUGUAUUGUUUCUCCUCAUGUGUCUGCUUUUCAGCAUAAAGUACUCUGUAGCCACCAGGUGAGACCACACACAAUAACAGUCUCUCUCCUUCAGGUCAUCC